AUGCAAAAUUUCGCUCAAACGAGAGGGACUUUACACAAAAUAUCAGACCAGAGAGGUAAUCGUGUGAUUGGCGCUGAGGAGAGGAUGACUUCAUCUGAUGUGAAAUUGAGCAAAACCAUGUCGUGGCUUUUGAGACACGGUGCUUUGAAGGAAGGUGUUGAGAUUUCUUCUGACGGAUUUGUGAGAGUCGGUGACAUUCUUUCGCGAAAAGAAUUUGCAGGUUGUACUUUGAAAGACGUUCAACGCAUUGUCGAACAGGACAAGAAAACGCGAUUUUGCCUGAGGGAAAGAUGCGGCACUUACGAAAUCAAAGCCAAUCAAGGUCACAGCAUAAGGGUUGAAGAUCUGGAGUUGUUGCCAGUGCUGUCGAAGGAAGAAAUUGCCGGAGAACUCGUUCAUGGAACGUACGAAACGGCGUGGGAGAAAAUUAAAGAUGAAGGAAUCCGUUGUCAAAAUCGAAAUCACGUUCACAUGGCGGUGGAUUUAUGUGCCGGGAAAAUCGAUGAGCGGAGAGAAAUUCCGGGAAUCCGUUCCUCGUGUGAAAUUUUAAUUUAUAUCGACCUGGAAGCAGCACUUCGAAGUGGAACCCGAUUUUUCAAAUCGCCAAAUGGAGUAAUCCUGAGCCCAGACGUGAUAAACCCGAAUUUUUUCAUGAAAGUGUUGAAUGUAAAGACUGGAAAUGUACCGUUGAAAAUGUCCUACUGUCACUCAGUGGCGGCCCUAGGGUGGGGCAAGAGGGGCGGCCGCCCCAGGCCCCGCGCUUGA